AUGGCGGCCCAGCAAGAGGUUCUCAGGCUCCAUGGCUCCCAGGCUGGUGUGGAGAAGGUGAUCCGAGCGUUGUCGUUCUCCCACCCUCGGUUUGACUCGUCGGCCACACCAAUGCUGAAGUACUUGUGCAUGAUUCGUGCGAUGGCGGUCUUAUGUGCUAUGCAGGCUGCUGACGAGAGAAACACGGUCGAGAUUCGCUCCCGAGCAGAGCGCGCCUUGCAAAACAUGAAUGCAGCAGCCCUCAUGCGCUGUGGACUCACUCGCGACUACACAUCUGAGUGCCUGGGUUUCUUGCGCAGGAACUUUGACAUUGAGGAUCCAGAUGUAUCCUGCACCCCCAGAGUGCUGGAAGAGUUCACCACGCGCCAGCGGUUCUUAUUUGUGGAUGGAUACAUCCUCUCCGACAGCUCGCAGGUUCCCAGUUCCGUGGACGGCUCCGAGGCUCCAGGCUCCCAGGCUCCCAGGAGAUGUGCAACCCAGUUAGUUUACGAGGAGAUCCAGACACCAGAGCCGAUCUUCUAUGGCAACAGAGUCCACUACCUGUGCACGAAGGCCGGCAUUUCUGAUGUAAGGCAGAUCAUGGGAACUAUGGCGCACGUGGUCGAGGCGAUGCUGGAGCGUGUGCGAGUAGAUCUGACGGAGGAUGAGAUCGCCGUGGCUCUGCAGGUAUUCAACCUUCGGCUGUGGCAGGAGACGAACCGACAACAGGAGCUAGUGGACUCUACACGCAAGCUCUGUGAUAUGCUCAAGCUUUCGCACGGCACAGCCGUGCUGUUUGGACGAUUUGCUCGCAAAUUGCAUCCUCUUCUAGAAGCAGCUAAGUCAAAGGACCCAGGCUUCGGGAACAAACAUGCGUGGUCUUGGUUGCUUCGGCCAGCGUGGCGUGCACUGCAUGCACACAAACUUCCAUGGACAGAGGAUUGUCAUGCCCUCAUUGCUUUCUUCUUGUCCUUGAAGAUCAACACGACCACGCUGGAAAGGGAUUUGGGACACUUGCUCACACAGCUGGAGGCGCAUUCCGGACCCCUCACUCCAAAUGGCUCAACCAUUGCCUCCAUCCUCGAGGUGGCAGUUGAAGGUCCCCAGCGAGAGGAAGAAUUUUUCCGGAAGCCGGAGAGCGAAGGUGCCGUGCUGACCCCAACUGACUUCGGGGUUCUUUGUGGUGAACUGUGGAUUCGUCACUUUGGGCGUCGGUUCCGCAUGACCUACAACAAAGAACGAAAGCAGGGGCCCAGCAAGCCACGCCAGGCACGUUCUGGAACUCUGGCUGCAAUUGUCAGAGGCCGUGAAGCAGCCGCCGCCGAGGCAGCGAAGAGAGCAGAGGCAGCUGCUUCGAAAGGCAGGUCGUGGAAGCCGGCCUCUUUCGUGCCGGGCUUGAGCCUGCCUUUGCCGGCAGCGUCUGCCUCUGCCCAGAACAGCGUUGCUGGCACACGUUGGGCUUUCGCCCGCCCCACACCAGAUGCCCUCAAGCAUUUGGAGAAUUUCCGUGCACGCACACAGCAGAAAUAUGACGGUGACUCAGCAGCACAACGGUUGCUUUCCGUGCUAAGUCAUUUGAAGGGUCAUACACAUUGUCAUUGUCAUCCAGCCAAGGUCACCAAGAGGAAGCGCGGAGACGAUCCUCUGGCAAGAUUGCUUACACAACAACGGCGGCACGGCUUGGCGGUUUGCGCAUGGUGCAGCACGGCCACGAGAAGGAUCGGUCAUCCGUCUUGCAAAGCAUCCCCGCAAACGAGCUCUGAAGCUAUGUCCGGUCUAUCGUCGCUACACGGACAGCAAGUCGCUGCAAGGCAACAAGCAUUUCCAGAUUCUUGGACCGUACGAGUAUGA